AUGAUGAAGGAGAAGACGCUGGCCCAGGACAGCAAAACCUCCAGAGGAGAGGACCGUCAUCCAAAAAGGGUGAAGGAAGAGGAAGGGCUGGAGAUGCAGGAAGCUGCCAGCAACGCUUUGCCUGGAAAAGCUGCCAAGAACGGACUCCAUCGUCCUGUGGUGGGGAACAGCCUCUUAGAGCCUGAGGCAGCCGGUGAAGAAGGGUGGCUGAUAGAGCACAAGGUGCGCUCCAGUCUCAGCACACCUGCCUUUGGGGCCUGCAGACCCCAGGUAGGAGAGAUGCCACACUGGUGCCUGGAGUGUGGGGAAAAUUUUGGGCGAAAGGUGGACUUAGAAAAGCACCGGCUGAACCACGCUGGGCAGUGUUCGUACAUCUGCAGUGACUGUGGAAGAAGCUUUCCCGAACACCUGGCUCUUCCCACCUGUCGGGGAACAUGCCCAGCGGGCAGUUCCUUCAGCCACACUGGCUGCCGGAGGAAGAGCUUGCCUCCUCCUCCAUCGAGUGAGAUCGUAUCACACAGGAAAGAGCGGAAGGAGCUGUCCCUGCAGGAGAAGGUCCAGGUGCUGGUGGUGCUGGAAGGGCCAAAGGUCUCCCAGAGUGAGCUGGCCAAAAGAUUCGGAGUCUCCCAGCCCCAGAUCUGCCGCAUCAUCAAGAACAAAGAGCGGAUCCUAGCUGAGUGGUGUAAAAACGGCAACCCCAGACGCAAGCGCAAACUCGAGGACAAGAGUGCGGCCAACGAGACGGCUGUCCUGCAGUGGUUUGAACACAGCUGUGCGCCCGGCCUCCUCACCAAUGGGGUGCAGCUCCAAGACAAGACCAGGGCCCUGUCGGAGACAUUAGGGAAGCCGGAGCUGUCUGGCUGUCUGGCUGGGUUCAAAUCAAGGCAGAAAGCCGCACAAGAAAGGCCCCGCACAGAGAAACAGAACGGGGAGCAACUGGGAGAGGAGCACUGGGAAAAAGUGGUCCUGCCCAAUCUCCUAAAUCGAUAUGAUCCUUCCAGCAUCUACGCUUCUGGUGAAGCUGCCCUCUUAUUCCGGGCAACCCCAAAAGAUCUGGCAAUGGAGCAGACAGAUGACGCCAAAGACCAACUUACCGUCUUGCUCUGUACCAACUUGGAUGCUUCAGACAAAAGGGACCCCCUGAUCAUUGGCAAAGGACCAAAACCAUUUUGCUUCCAGGGGAAUGGUGCGGAGGAGCUGCCUGUAACAUACAGAUCCCACACCAAGGCUUGGAUGACGACAGUCAUCUUCUUGGAGUGGCUCCAGAAAUUUAACGAAGACAUGCGACGCAAGCAGAAGAGCGUAGUGCUGUUCUUAGCCCCAUGCGCUGCACAUCCCUCCGUGGAGCUCUCUAACAUCCAGAUGGUGUUCCUGCCUCCUCAGCCUUCCUGGAUCCAUCCUCUGGAACAAGGGGUUAUCCAGAAUUUUAAGGGUCACUACCGGAGGAGGAUGCUUACCCGUCUGAUCGCUGGGCUCGACAGCAAAGCGUCCACUUCCCCAAGCAAACUGUCUAAGCACCUGACCCUUUUGGACGCUGUCCACAUGGUAAUCCAAGCCUGGUCAGAGGUCUGUCCACAGACAGUAACCGACAGCUUCAGAGCUGCUGGCUUCAGCGUCAGGCCCCGCAUCCCAGCCCCUCCAGGUGACGUUGUCCGAGCCCUCGGGUUCAUGAACCAAGAGCAGUUUGAGCGGUUCGUACUGGUCGAUGAAGGGUUGGAGUGUUUUGGGGGGCAGGAAGGGGCUGAGAUGGCCAGAGGGGACCAGAAGUGCGAUGAAGCAAUCAGCACGACUGCAGAGGCAGAAGAACGGGCCGAGUCCUCGGCUGUGCUCUCCUGUCCCUCAAAGGAGGAAGUCAUGGAGAGUUUGGCCAAUCUGAGGUGCUAUUUUGAGUGCCACGCGGUCUCGCCAGUCGUGUUCCAGACAUUCUACAAGCUAGAGGACAUGGUUCAUGGGAUGUGUCUGGCUAAUGUGCAAGCAUCAAGGGUCAGAGCCCAUAACAAAGAGUGA